UAAUUAGAAAAGAAAAACAAAAACAAUCCUCUUUGUAGAGGGAAGUCUGAAAACGCCGAGAAGAAGAAGAAGAAAGCUUGAGACUUUCUCUCUGUAUGCAUUUCGAAAUCGAUAAAGACUUCAACUUUCGGUUCUAACAAUGACAAUUUUUGUAUAGUUUGAUUUGUCCACCGCUCUCUCGGAAGUCCGAUCACCUGAUUUCAUCGCCGACGUUAGUCAUCAAAUGGGAGCUCGUUGCUCUAAGUUCUCAUUCUGCUUGUUCCCUUCUCACUUCAAAUCCGCUUCAGUUCUCGAAUCUCCCGAUCUCGAAAAUGGAGGAAAAGUGUGGCCGAGUUUUAAGGAAUUCAGACUAGAGCAGCUGAAAUCUGCUACCGGAGGUUUCUCUUCAGACAACAUUGUAUCAGAACACGGCGAGAAAGCUCCUAACGUUGUCUACAGAGGAAGGCUUGAUGAUGGUCGCUUGAUCGCUGUUAAACGCUUCAAUCGCCUGGCUUGGGCUGAUCAUAGACAGUUCCUGGAUGAAGCUAAAGCUGUUGGGAGCUUGAGGAGUGAUAGAUUAGCGAAUCUGAUAGGAUGUUGCUACGAAGGAGAAGAGAGAUUACUCGUAGCUGAGUUUAUGCCUCACGAAACGCUUGCAAAGCAUCUUUUCCACUGGGAAAAUCAUCCGAUGAAAUGGGCCAUGAGGUUAAGAGUUGCAUUGUGUUUAGCGCAAGCAUUGGAAUAUUGUAGUAAUAAAGGGAGAGCUUUGUAUCAUGAUCUCAAUGCUUACAGGGUUUUGUUUGACAAGGAUGGGAAUCCCAGGUUGUCUUGUUUUGGACUCAUGAAAAAUAGCAGAGAUGGGAAGAGUUAUAGCACAAACUUGGCAUUUACUCCUCCAGAGUAUUUGCGAACGGGUAGAGUUACACCAGAGAGUGUUGUAUUCAGUUUUGGAACCGUUCUGCUCGAUCUCAUGAGUGGAAAACAUAUUCCACCGAGCCAUGCGCUUGACCUAAUCAGAGGCAAGAACUGUGCAAUGUUAAUGGAUUCUGCUCUCGAGGGUCAUUUCUCAAACGAAGACGGAACUGAGCUAGUACGCUUAGCCACACGUUGUCUGCAGUAUGAAGCUCGAGAAAGACCAAAUGUGAAAUCUCUCGUCACUUCACUUGUCACACUCCAGAAGGAAUCUGAUGUAGCUUCAUACGUUCUUAUGGGUAUCCCCCAUGAAACCGAGGCUGAGGAAGAGUCUCCGCUUUCUUUGACACCCUUUGGUGAUGCAUGCUUAAGAGUGGAUCUUACAGCCAUACAUGAAAUACUUAGUAAGAUUGGAUACAAGGAUGAUGAAGGAAUUGCCAAUGAGCUCUCGUUUCAAAUGUGGACCAACCAGAUGCAGGAAUCUCUCAAUUCGAAGAAGCAAGGAGACUUAGCUUUCCGUUCCAAAGAUUUUACAACCGCAGUCGAUUGCUACACUCAGUUCAUAGAUGGGGGAACAAUGGUGUCACCAACAGUACACGCACGGCGGUGCCUGUCAUAUCUGAUGAACGAGAACGCACAAGAGGCUCUGACAGAUGCACUGCAGGCACAGGUUGUGUCUCCGGAAUGGCCAACCGCAUUGUAUCUGCAAGCGGCUUGCUUGUUCAAGCUCGGUAUGGAAGGCGAUGCUCAGCAAGCUCUCAAGGAUGGGACUACACUGGAAGCUAAGAAGAGUAACAAGCGCUGAUAAAUAGCGUUUUCAAAAGCUUUGUAUAUGCUUAUUUUGUUCCCCCUCUCUAUCUCCAUCUAUAUGCACAUACAUACACAUAUAUGUGGGUGUAUUUAUAUACUUUUGAAGCCUUGUUUGUAUUUAUGGUGAUGAUUGUGAUUUAUUAGUGUGCCUCAUGGGAAGAUCUCUUUAAGAGAUUAUUUUCAGGCUUUGUCCAUU